AUGGCUAAUAGAUGUGCGUCCCAUGUCGAGAGAGAUGUGCCGAGGCAAGACGCGAAGCUUUACGUUACACGGGAAGGGAUCAGCAGGUGGUCUUUCCAACAGCAGCAGUGUCUCGCGCAUGUUAAAGCUCUUUUUUCGCAGAAACCCUCGAAUCUCGGCAGUACUUCCGCCGCAGCAUACAUCUGCGCCGCCGCCGUGAUUCCAGACCGUGAGUGUGACGACGGACCUGUCACCGCACAGUCGCGGCAGACCGAGACCAUCGACAAUGUAAAAAUACCUUUCCACCCUGAGAGUCGAGAGAUCACGGCUUUUACCACUCGUGCAGGUCUGAAUCAGUUUAGGGUACUUCCGCUCGGACCGUCGAACUCGCCAGCUGUAUUCAACAGGGCUAUGAGGCAAGUGUUGCAAGGCAUUAGGGGAGUGGAAGCAUUCAUUGGCGAUAUUCUGGUUCACUCUUCUACGUUCGAGGAGCAUCUGAAGGUCCUUGAGGAGGUAUUUCAGCGGUUAAAGAGCGCAAAUAUGACCGUUAAGCCAAAUGCAUCACAGGAAGGUGUAGGAGCAGUAUUAAUGCAGGAAACAGAUGGUGAGGUUUAUCCCGUAGCCUACCACAGCCGCAAGUUGAAGUCCGCCGAGACGAACUACAGCACGGUCGAGAAGGAGCUGCUGGCAGUCGUUGACGGAAUCGGGAAGUUUUAUUUCUACCUCUACGGAGACAAGUUUCUGCUGGAGACCGACCCCAUGCCUCUGGCGAGUUUGCGCACGUCCAAGAACGCGAACGCUCAUCUGAUUCGCUGGGCAAUGUAUCUGCAGCAGUUCAACUUCGCCAUCCGCUACCUAAGAGGGAGCGCAGGUGUUGGGGCCGAUUUUCUCUCGUCUUGUGGAGAACGACUGGAAGAAGUUGGAGGAAUCCCUGCACAGCGAUCGGUCGGCGUCAGCGAGGAGCACCUGAGUGACCAAGCGUGUGAGCCUGUGAUAAAAGCCGUUGCAAGUGCCGGGAUAUUGAAAAAAAAAUACGAAUCAAUCUAGAAAUAGAUUUUAGCGAAAGCCAUUUUAUUUCAUAAGUUACUGUUGCAUAAAUUCGAAAUAGUAAUUUCUUCUGUACAUUUUACUGCACUUGAACAUUGAAAAUUGCUUAAGUUCAUCCAUGUGUUACACGAUGAAAUAUUAACUGAAUUUAAAUGGGUAAAGUUUUCUUAUUUCAAAUUUACAGAAAUGUUCUCCUUCAGAGUAAAAUUUAUUUUCGGAGGGGCCGAAUGUCCAGGUGUUCAUUUUCUAGACAUUUCAAACAAAACGGAAAAAACUGGGAACGCCUGCCCGCGUGACACUCGGGCAGGCGGGCAGGAGUCACGGGCAUUCCUCCUGACUCACUCACGACUCACGAGCAGAACCCAAGCAACCAGAGCAGCGGACUAAGAAUUGCUUUUUAUGCAGUGAUUCGAAAAAUAUUGAAAUGUGAGUAACGAAUUGAAUCCAUCGAAGGAAAGCAACCGGCAAAAGAAACGUGAAGAAAAAAUUGAAAAGAUUACUCAAUAUUUUUCUUAUUAAUGAAAUAGCCAUUUUAAUAAAUUAUAAAUGUUGCUCUCCCUGUGUGUACGAUCCCUAAACACAAGCCUAAUCAUAAACAAUUUGAAUGAGAAUCUUAACAAGGGAAAAGCGAAACAGUGAGAUUUAGGGAAACUAACAAUUACACAAGUUAAUCAUUGAAGUUAAACUAAUUUAAAUAACUUGUAUAUGAAAAAAGUUGUCAGAUCUUGUCAAUAAUGAAACCGGGGAUACAAUUAAAUAUAUAAAAGGAAAUAAAUGA